AUGUCAGUUAACAAAUCUUCUAGUUCCAAACCACUCGAAUCUACUUCUGUGAAAUGUAAGGCAGAUAAAAGCAAAGAAGGUAGACCAAGAAUGCCAAUUUGUAAUGACUUUAGUGAAGGCAAAGAUGAUAAGCAUAAGCAUUUUAGAGCAAAUUGCUAUUAUUAUGACAGAGGAAAAUGGCAGUGUGAAAAACCUUUUACUAUAGAAGCACAUUUAGUACUUCAUUGCAAAAGACUGGUGCCAGAUGAUAUUAGAAGAAAAUGUUUAAUUAAAGUUGUGAAAAAAGGUGAAAAAGUUAAUGAUAAGGAUGACGAAACUUCUGCUAGAAAAAAAAUCAAAUUAACCAAUCAAUCGAUUACUUUACACUACCCACCUAUUAACAAAUUAUCCUCUUAA